AUGCGCGACGAUUCGAGACUGAUAAUUAUCAGUCUCAUCGUUGCUGGAGUGAAACGACCACUCCGAGCGUUGUUGGAUUCGGGUGCAUCCAACAACUUCUUUCGAGCAUCAUGUUUGUCCCUUCUCCCGUCGACAGUUACGGUUCGAGAAGGUCCAGGUGACAUCGUUGUCAAACUUGCUGAUGGACAACCACAGCGUGUCCCGCGUAAAACAGUGGUUUUGCCGUACACGUUCGACGGCUUCCAAAGUAAUGACGAAUUUUUGGUGUACGAGAUGAAUUAUGCAUUCGAUUGCAUCUUGGGGAUACCGUGGCUGUCACGGUAUCAGCCGACGAUAGACUGGCUAUCUCGGUCCGUCAAACGACGAAGCGGUUACGACAAGUCAUCUCAGAAAAAACGAUGGCCCUCUGUGUCCGGUAUAUCCAGUCGCAUAGAACCACAAGACGAGGCGGUCGUACAGAGUCUCCCGCAUACACAGACAUCGGUCGAGCAGGGGCUCCCGAUUCACAACGAGACGGUCGAACAGAGGUUCCCGCACACACAGACAUCGGUCGAGCAGGGGCUCCCGAUUCACAACGAGGCGGUCGAACAGGGGUUCCCGCACACACGGACAUCGGUCAAGCAGGGGCUCCCGAUUCACAACGAGGCGGUCGAACAGGGGUUCCCGCACACACGGACAUCGGUCGAGCAGGGGCUCCCGAUUCACAACGAGGCGGUCGAACAGGGGUUCCCGCACACACGGACUUCGGUCGAGCAGGGGUUCCCGAAUUCUAGCGAGGCGGUCGAGCAGGGGCUCCCGCAUACACACACAACGGCCGAGCAGAGGCUCCCGAUUGUAACCGAGGUGGUCGAGCAGAGGCUCCCACAUACAUCUGAGGCGGUCGACGACGAGCUCCCGCCUCUUAUCGACGAGAAUGAACGGGCUGUGGACUUAAAUGUGAACGACGUGGUGGAGACAGAGCUCCCACGUCUAGCGGGGGGUACUUCAUCCUCCAGCGACAGCGACGUUCCAGCCUCGAGCAGUGGCUCAAGACGCAAGAGAAAGCGUAAACGCAAGAAAGGUGCACGCCGAUCACCAAGACGACGAAAUUCUCGCUCAAGCGCCGUUGACGAUGAUACUGUAUUGACGGAAUCCGUUUGUGCGCUUGAAUAUGUGGAAGGGUCUUCACAUCGUGGCCGCUACGUUGAGGUAGCGAGCCCUCCGUGCACUGUUGCAGAGAUCACAUCUCUAUUAACCCUACCAUGGAAAGAUUUCCUUCACGACCUCAAGGCCGGCGACAUCGAGCAAGUGUACAUCAUAUCAGCCGCCGAAGCAGCUAGUGGAGAAGUUCUGGAGGCUCGCCCAAAGAGCGCUGAGCCCAAAUCAGCGCGCGAAGAACGUUUCGUGGCACAGUCUUGGGAAGCCCUUCGUGCUUCGGGCAACCCUGUCUAUGAUAUCGCGCGUGAGUAUGCCGACAUCUUUCCGGAGAAUAUCCCCGCUGAGCUUCCAGCGGAUCGUGGUGUGCGACACGAGAUCGAUCUCGUGCCAGGAUCGAAGUAUUGCGUGACGCGGCAGUGGCCGCUACCGCGUGACCAAGUCAUCGCAAUUGAUGAAUUUUUUUAG